GGAGAGAGUUGUGAAACCAGUCACUCACUGUGUGAACCUCCCGGCAGGAUGACCUCAGAACAGAAGUUCCUAGAAGCCCAGGAGCUAGUAAAGACUCUCACAGAAAGACCAACUGAUGAAGAAUUCCUUGAACUUUACUCUCUCUUCAAACAAGGAACUUUUGGAGACAACACUACAGAUAAGCCCGGUUUUCUGGAUUUGAAAGGAAAAUACAAGUGGGAAUAUUGGAACAAGAAGAAAGGAAUGGCUAAGGAAACAGCUCAAGAACAAUAUGUUGCUUUCGUACAAACACUGCUAGAAAAAUACGCACACACGUGACGAUCUACUAGUUAAAAUUGUUUGAUUAUAAUUGUUGCUUACCUUAGUUUAGUUUAUUGUUAAUGUUUAUGUUAGUAUUUUUCUCUUUUUUAUAUGUUUUUAUACUUUUAUAUUGCACCACCAAACAAUAAAAAAAAAAAGAUUUGUUGAUGAAAAUUGUGUUGACACAAUAGUUCAACUACAACAUAUUUGUUGUAGGUUUAAUGAUGUUUUACAAAGAUAUAAAUGACUUGCCAACAAUGUACUUCAACAUUUAUUCAUAUCUAAAGUUCAAUAAAAACAAUACUGUAAUAUUUACAACUGUUAUACCUAGUAAGAGGACACAUUUUAACUCUACGUUAAGAAAUUUGUUACAAAACUAUUUACAGUAAAAACGUACAAUUUCAAAAAUAAAAUUAUAUCUACAAUAUUAUAAAAAUA